CGAUGGCCAUGGAGUGGAAGAUCCUGCCCAUCCACUUACUGCUGCUGCUGCUUUCUGUUUUCUUGAUUCAGCAAGUUUCCCCUCAAGAUUUAUCAAGCUGUGCAGGGAGAUGUGGGGAAGGGUAUUCUAGAGAUACCCCCUGCAACUGUGAUUAUAACUGUCAACUCUACAUGGAGUGCUGCCCUGAUUUCAAGAAGUUCUGCACUGUGGAGCUCUCCUGUAAAGGUCGCUGCUCCGAAACCUUUGAACGAGGGAGGGAGUGUGACUGUGACGACCAGUGUAAGAAGUAUGGCAAGUGCUGUUCCGAUUUCGACGAUUUCUGUGAAGUGGAUAGCCCCACACCACCACCAUCUUCAAGGGCUGCACCUCCACCUGCAAGAGCACGUCCACCCAUCAAAUCAACCACCAAACGUUCACCCAAAUCAACAGAUAAGAAGACGACUAAGAAAGUUAUAGAAUCAGAGGAAAUAACAGAAGAACAUUCUGUUUCUGAAAAUCAAGAGUCUUCUUCCUCUUCUUCCUCUUCCUCUUCAAGUAUUCGGAAAAUCAAGUCUUCCAAAAAUUCAGCUGCUAAUAAAGAAUUAAAGAAGAAACCCAAAGUAAAAGAUAACAAGAAAGAAAAUCCUAAGAAGAAACCUGCCCCAGAACCACCAGCUGUAGAUGAAGCUGGAAGUGGAUCGGACGAUGACGAUUCCAAGCUCACCCCAACUCCUGACACACCCCCCACUCAAAGCACUAAAGUUACCACCACAACUUCCAAGGUCACAACAGUGACAACAGUAAGUCCUAAACCCAGCCCGUCACCGAAACCUGAAGCACCCAAAGACACAUCUUCAACAGCAAGUAAGGAGAAAAAGGUUGAAACUAAAGAGACUUCUAAAACAUCAAAAGAGACUUCAGCUAGAACAUCGGAGAAGACGACCUCAGGUAAAGAGACGAGAAGUGCAGAAAAGACAUCUGAAGUUUUGGAAGCCACGUCAGUUUCUGCUAAAACUACAACUGAAGCUGAAACUACAACCACAACCACAUCUCCUUCUCCCACCACGACCACCACCACCACCACGACCACCACCACCAAGGAACCUACAACCACCCCCAAAAAGCCCGAGCCCACCACCCCCAAAAAGCCUGAGCCCACCACCCCCAAAAAGCCCGAGCCCACCACCCCCAAAAAGCCCGAGCCCACCCCCCCCAAGGAGCCCGAGCCCACCACCCCCAAGGAGCCCGAGCCCACCACCCCCAAGGAGCCCGAGCCCACCACCCCCAAGGAGCCCGAGCCCACCACCCCCAAGGAGCCCGAGCCCACCACCCCCAAGGAGCCAGAGCCCACCACCCCCAAGGAGCCCGAGCCCACCACCCCCAAGGAGCCCGAGCCCACCACCCCCAAGGAGCCCGAGCCCACCACCCCCAAGGAGCCUCCCACUCCUCCUGAGAACCCUGCUGAAUCAGCUCCCGAGUUUCCUGAAGAACCCACACCAAAGGCUCCUGAAGGGACCAAACCUGAAACGACCACCACAUCAAAGGAUAAGACAACAGAAAAAGGCACGCACACUACAACUGAAAUUACAACUGCCACAUCUACAACAAAAGAGACAGUAACUCCAGCAGAAGAAAAGACCACUGAAUCCAAAACAAGUACAACCAAACAGGUGACAUCUACCACAACCAAGGACACCACAUCAGCCAAAGUUACUCCUCCGGAAACGACUCCUGCACCUGAAGUGACUCCAGCAGAAGAAAAGACCACUGAAUCCAAAACAAGUACAACCAAGCAGGUGACAUCUACCACAACCAAAGAUACCACACCAGCCAAAGUUACUCCUAAGGAAACCACUCCUGCAACAAAAAAGACAACUACAACGGAAGAGACUACAAAUACAUCUGAAGACAUAGUAGCUACAUCCAAAGAUACAGCUACUAAUCCAAAGCCUACCAAAGCAUCCCAAAUGCCCACCACCACCAAAAAGCCAAGCACAACACCUAAAGUGACAAAGCCAAAACCUACACCAUCUCCCCCAAAGAUGACCACAUCAACGGUACCUACAGUGAACCCUGCCUUGCUCCAAACUACCACCAGCUCUAACCAACCUAGUAACUCAGAAAUGGCUGAAGAAAAUCCAAAGAAUGAAGAUGCAGAUGUUGCAAAUGAUGCUGGAGGAGAAAAACCUUAUGUGUUUCUCAGGCCCCCAGUGCUAACUCCUCUACUUAUCCCAGGAGCUGCCUCAAGAGUGGGAGGACCUGAACAAGGCACUGGCAACGACCCCAUGCUUUCAGAUGAAACCAAUUUAUGCAAUGGUAGAUCGGUAGAUGGACUGACGACUCUGGCCAAUGGAACAUUAGUUGCAUUUCGAGGUCAUUACUUUUGGAUGUUAAAUCCACUCAGUCCACCAUCUCCUCCUCGUAGAAUUACUGAAGUCUGGGGUAUUCCCUCUCCCAUCGAUACUGUUUUUACUAGGUGCAACUGUGAAGGAAAAACUUUCUUCUUUAAGGAUUCUCAGUAUUGGCGUUUCACCAAUGAUGUAAAAGAUCCUGGGUAUCCCAAACAGAUUGUAAAAGGAUUUGGAGGACUAAAUGGAAAAAUACUGGGAGCUCUUUCAAUACCUAAAUAUAAGGAGAGACCUGAAUCUGUGUAUUUUUUCAAGAGAGGGGGCAGUGUUCAGAAGUACACUUACAGACAAGAACCCAACACGAAGUGCACUGGAAGAAGGCCUGCUCUGAAUUACCCCGUGUAUAACACACAGGUUAGACAGGUUAGGAGACUUCGCAUUGAACGGGAUCUCGGAUCUCACACACACACCGUCAGAAUUCACUAUUCGCCGCCCAUCAGAGUCCUUUAUCAAGACAAAGGUUUCCUCCACAAUGAAGCCAGAAUAAGUACUCUGUGGAAAGGACUUCCCAAUGUGGUUACCUCAGCUAUAUCCCUGCCCAACAUCAGAAAACCUGACGGCUACGAUUACUAUGCUUUCUCUAGGGGUCAAGCCUAUAACUUGAAUGUGCCCAGCAGGACAGCAAGAGCCGUUACUCCUCCUCCUGGGCAGACCUUAUCCAAAGUCUGGUACAACUGUCCUUAGACUGGUGGGCAAAGGAACAGACAAGUCAAACAAUGAUAAGUCUGACACAAAUACCUUUUAUUAAUAAAGAAUGUUGAGAUAAGCA